GUCAGUAGCUUUCAGUGGAUUCCAACGAGACAUCUCAACAUGUUCUGGCUGCGCCUUGCUCUUAUUUUUCUAGCCGUUUGGCUUGUUUCUGGAGACAUGCAAUUUGAAGAAUUGGAUCAGCAGGAACAGUUGGAGAGAAAUAUGUUGCAAGAGCGGAAAGAGGUCUGCCUCAUAGCCAAAACAUCCUACGGCAAUUGCAAUGGAAAGCGCAAAAUGUGGUAUUACAAUGUCCGUCGAAAUAAAUGCCACACGUUCAUCUAUUCGAACUGUGGCGGAAACCGAAAUCGUUUUUACACCCAUGAGGAGUGCAUGGAAUUUUGCGGCGGCUACAACUUGCAAGAAUACCAAACCUAAAAAAAAAAAAAUGAUUUUCCUCUUCCAUGAGUAUUGUAUAUUUAUUUCUAAUUAUAUUAAUAAUAAGAGGUUUGUUGAAACACACAGGUUGUGCUUCCUCGCUAAGAAUCUUUAAGCUACAACUCUUUCUAAGUGACAUUUUCAAUAAAAAUAAUGUCUUAUUCAAAUGCAUAAACAUAA